AGCUAUGGACAGGGAGGAGCUGUGAGAGACAGACACUGGGAGAGGGAAGUAGGGAGAGAGAGACAGAGAGGGGGAGAGACUGCAAGAGGACAGAGGAAAGACGGAAGGAGAGGGGACAGAUUUCAGGGUUGGAAAGUUUGGCCUUUUCGCCACUCAGGAGCCCAGUUUUUAGUGGAGGAGCCUCAGAUCUUUUAGUCAUCAGUGGUCUGUUCAUACUGAGUUUCUGAGUGCAGGUACUGAGGAUGGCGGUACGGAUGUUGAUGGUGUGUGUGCUGGGUACUCUGCUGGGUCAGGUGUGGAGCUCUGCAAAACUUCAUCACAAUGAGGAAGAGCUGCACACGCAGGCCCUUUACCCCUGGAGAAGCCAAGGCCAUGGAUUGGUCAGGAUGAAGAGGGACUGGAUCAUCCCUCCAAUCAGAGUGCUGGAGAAUAGCAAGCAGGUUCCUGAGGACCUUGUCCAGAUCAAAUCGGACAAAAUCUUUACAGGUGAAGUGAUCUACAAGUUAGAGGGCCCAGGGGUGGACCAGGAGCCCAAGAAUCUGUUUGAGAUUGAUGAUAAAACAGGAGUAAUCAGGAGCAAGCGGCCGCUGGACAGAGAGAAAUACAGCAGUUUCACACUGAAAGCUUUUGCGCUGUCCCCCAGUGGAGAGAGACUAGAGAAUCCUACCACCAUAGAGAUAAUGGUGCUGGAUCAGAAUGACAACAGACCCGCCUUCACCCAGAGCCAGUUUGUUGGCACUGUCUCUGAGUUCUCAGUCCCAGGCACAUCAGUGAUGUCAGUUUCAGCCACGGAUGCAGAUGACCCAAUGACAGAAAACGCUGCUCUGAGCUACUCUAUCAUUGGCCAGGAGAGCAUUCCUGCCAACACUGUUACCAAGACUAUGUUUGGUAUUAACAACCAGACAGGAGCCAUCUACACAAGAGACGUAGGCCUGGACAGAGAGGUGGUGAAAGGCUUCAGAUUAAAACUACAGGUUGCUGAUAUGGGGGGCAUGGGACUAACAAGUGAAGGUGUAGCAAUCAUACAUGUAUCUGAUAUCAACAACCAUGCCCCGCAGUUUAGCCCUCCCUUGUACAGUAUGACAGCAGUGGAGAACAGGCAGGAAUAUGAGAUUGGCCGGGUGAAUGUGACAGACAGAGAUGAUCGUGGAACAGGAAACUGGGAGGCCAAGUACUCCAUCACCAAUGAUCCUGAGGGAAACUUUGCCAUCACUACAGAUCCCUCCACCAACCAGGGCGUUCUGACAGUGGUGAAGCCCCUGGAUUAUGAAGCACAGAGUGAGUACGUCCUGAUUCUGACAGUGGAAAAUGUCAAUACUCUGAGCAACAAGGCUCCUAACCUCCCAGUGAGCACCGCUACAGUGUUGGUCACUGUCGUGAAUGAGAAUGAAGCUCCACGCUUCAGAGAAGACCCCAUACAGAUUGUGGUCCCUGAGUCUGUGGUUCCUGGGACGCUACUGAAAAGCAACAUUGCCUUUGACCCUGAUAAUUCUGACCUGAGAUAUGAGAUUAGCAGAGAUCCCGAGAGAUGGCUGGACAUCGACAGAGAUACAGGAGACAUUAUGGCCAGGAGAACCUUCAACAUGCGAUCUCCACAUGUUAAAAACCAUAUCUACACUGCUGUUGUGAAGGUUACAGAUGCUGGUGGUGUGUCAACCACAGCCACAGCCGCCAUCACUCUGAAGGAAACCAAUGACUUCCCCCCUCAGCUCUUUCCUCUGAGCGGCUCUGUAUGCAGGGAUACAGGCCGGAUGAAUUCUGGUCUGGUCGUGACUGCUGUGGAUGAAGACUUUCCUCCGCACGCUGCGCCCUUCAUCUUCGAAAUGCCCGAUUAUCUGUCAGUCAACUGGACUGUUGUUCAAGUCAAUGAUACUCAUGCUCUGCUCCAGCCCCUUGUAGAGCUGGAGGCAGGAGAGUACGCGGUCACAGUGCUGGUGUCAGAUUCCGGCAGCCCAGUUCUGAGUGCUUUUACUCAGGUCAACAUUACUGUGUGUCUCUGUGACUCCUUCGGGGACUGUAAGUCUGAGGCGGGGGCAAUCAUAGGCUCCAGUGUGGGAAUCAGCUUCAUCGCGCUCAUUAUCAUCAUGGCCAGUAUUGCACUCCUACUGUUGCUGCUCCUCCUGGCUGUGGCAGUGACCGCCUGUGGGAGACGCCACCAUAUCAAGAAAGGAACAGGUCUGCUUGUUGGGGAAUCAGAAGAUGACAUCCGUGACAAUGUCUUGAACUAUGAUGAGCAAGGAGGGGGUGAGGAGGAUGAGAAUGCCUUUAACAUCGACAUGCUGUGGAAUCCCCAUGAUGCACCUCCAGCCCCGGGAUCCUACUACCCAGGGUCUGGUGUUCCUCGAGGCAAGCAGCCCCUCAGGAAGGAUGCCCCACAUAACCUGCCCUCCCCUAUCUACCCAAGGAGGCCUCCUGCAGAUCCCACUGACAUCGAGGACUACAUCAAUGAUGGCCUAGAAGCUGCAGACAAUGAUCCUAACGUGCCUCCAUAUGACACAGCCCUGAUCUAUGAUUAUGAGGGUGAGGGCUCACUGGCAGGCAGCCUUAGCUCCAUUGCGUCAGGCAGCUCUGAUGGAGACCAGGACUACGACUACCUCAACGACUGGGGACCACGCUUUCAGAAACUGGCCAACAUGUACGACCCACGUUAAGGUGGACAGCACCACACAAAACAAGCGUCACCACCAGUAGGGACACAGAUCAUCGGGUGUUUUUCUGGACACGUUUGAAGAGAUUUUAGUCCAGGACAAGAUUUGAAGUGUGUCAAGAAAGAAUUUAAUGCUAUGCAAAACCACAGGCCCUUAAUCUAACGUGCCUUAGGUUUUUAUUGAGCAUCAUUUGGACACAGCUGACAAAAUGGCUCGUCGCAAAGUUUUGUGAUUAGCUCAGGAAAAGUAAAUGAGACAGUAAAAUCAUGUGUUGUCAUGAUCGGCCACAAGGAAGUGGGCUGUGCAUGCUACAAGGCAAACAGAAUGUGUGUUGAAAUGUGUGUCCAUGUCUGGUUUUGUUUAUCCUCAGACUUGGAUUGCUCAGUAAUGAUGCAUACAAGAAGCCUGAGAUACAUAUAAAAAUCUUUUAAAUGCAUUUCUUUUUUUAUAUAUAUAUAAGUGAUUAUUUUAUAAGAUGAAUUUGCUUUGAUAUUGAUUUUGUUUGUUUUUUUGUUUUGACUCACAAAUCCUCCAUUCCAGUAUCUGCUAACUUUUUGCAAGAGAUCUGAGCACAAAAAAUUACUUAACGAAACAAACUGUACCACACAGUGUUCUGUAAUUAGAUUGUUUGGAGGUGAAAACUUUGAAUAAUGUUUUUUUUUUAAUAUGUGUAUUGAGUUUAGAAUUUACUGGUAUCUACAGAAUAAAAGUGUCUGUAUUGUUCAUUAUGAAA